AUGAGCGGAAGGUUAUUUCCAGCUGACUAUUACCGUUGUACAACAACCAAUGGCAGAAACAGAAAAAAAAGUAACUGGUUCUGUAACAAAUCACUAUCUCCUAUAAAAGAUGUUUUGGAAGGCGGAGGAAAAAAUUCACCAGUAAGAGAAACGGAAGAUAGUUUACAAGCUCGUCGCUUAACUUCGUCUGGGGAUUCCAAUAUGGAACAAGUAGAACUAGAUAGAAAAGAUGUAUGCCGAUUUGAAAGUGAAGCAGAAAAUUCUCCUGUUGACGAUUCUAUUAACGAUCCCAACUUUUCACCAAGCAGCGAAGAUUCAGAUUGCGAAUCAAAUGGGUCUUCUAAUAACUCUACUGAAUCUCAUGACAAUCAAAAUAGUUUGGGCAUAACUUCUGAUGUCAUUAAUAAUAUAGAAAAUUUACCUUAUGAUAAUUAUGGAGAAAAUUCAAAGGCUGAACUUAAGAAAGAGCCAGUUGGAAAGAAAAUUACUGAAGAUUUCUGUUACUUUUGUGAGAGUUUAGUCAAAAAUUUUGCUAGACACAUUCAACGUAAUCACUCUGCCGAGAGCGAAGUACACAAGAUCUUGUCUUUACCAGCGGGUUGUAAGCAGCGUAAAGAUUUAAUUACCGCUCUAAGAAAACGUGGUAAUUUUCUUAAUAACAAUCAUAUUCAAAAACCAGUUAAAAAGCCAAAUUUAACAAAUACUAUUUUAGUACCGUGUAGCAACUGUUUGGGUUUCUAUUCAUCAAAAAUGUUAUGGCGACAUAGGAAACAAUGUCUAGGAGCAACAACAGCUAAUUCAAAAAUUGAUGGGCAAAAUAUUUUAUUGAAGGGUCUAAGGGUAGAUCCAGAAGUUCAGCAGAAAGUAUUUCCAAGAAUGAGACCCGACGAAAUAUCGAUGGCUGCUAAAAAGGAUACUUUAAUUUGUGCUUUUGCAUCAAGGUACUUAAAGCAACAUAGGGAAACGCAUCUUAUAAAUGUAGCUUCACGUAAAAUGCGCGAAUUAGCAAAAUUAUUAAUUGAGGUGAAGAAAAUGGAAAGCAAUGUAAAUGAUUUAUUUGAAGCUUUACAUCCUAAAUAUUUUGACACGUUAGUAGCAGCAACAAAAAUAGUCGCAAAAUAUGAUCCACUUAACAAUUAUUAUAAGUCACCUACGUAUGCUUUAAACAUGGGCACCUCAUUAAAACCAUGCUACGAUAUUGCUAUAUUACAUGCACUUAAAAGGAAACAGAAUUUUGGAAAUAUGUCGACAGCUAACGCCGAGGCUGAUUUAAAGACUACUACACAGUUUAUAGAAGCUCACUGGAAAUUUGAAGUAUCUUAUCAGGCUAGUAAUGAUUUAUCUGUGAAAAAAUGGAACAAGGUAACUAUAGUUCCUCUGGCAAGUGACCUUAAAUUGUUAAAGGAAUAUCUAACUCGCAAAGCAAAAAAUGCAAGGGAAAAUUUAUUAAAAGAGAAUAAAAAUAAAAGUCACUAUAUAACUCUCCUAAAAUGUGUUUAUUGUAAAAUUUUGCUUUUAAAUAGACGAAGACCUGGAGAAUUGCAAAGGUUACCACUGUACUUAUAUGAAAAAGCUGAAGCGCCUACUAAUAAAUAUGAAGAAUUUGAUUUAGUUGUUUCACCUUGUGAGAAAAUUUUAAUGCAGCGAUUUAAAAGAAUUGUAAUUCGAGGAAAAUGGGGUAAAGGUGUACCAGUCCUGUUCAGUUGUGAUGUGCAAGAACAAAUAGAAACAUUGCUUAAGUUUCGUGAUAAUUUCCUAAGUUCUAAAAAUUAUCUGUUUGGUAAUCCAGGAACAAUCGAACCAAUAGCAGGCUAUAAAGUUUUAAAACAAUUUGCCAGGGAGUGUGGAGCUAAAAAUAGUAAUGCACUAUCGGCAACCAGACUAAGAAAACAUUUGGCUACAUUGUCUCAAAUUUUUUCUAUGACUGAUCAAGAUGUAGAACAGUUGUCAACUUUCAUGGGACACACUCCCGGAACACAUAGGGGUUCUUAUCGACUACCCGAUGACGUUUAUCAAACCUCAAAGAUUACAAAACUUCUUUUAUUAAUGGAGCAAGGUUUAGCAGCAGAGCACAAAGGUAAAACUUUAAAUGAAAUUAAGAUAGAUUUAGAAGACGAUCUCCUUACAGCAGAAAAUGUAGAAGAUCACGAAGAUGACAUGGAGAUGGUAGUUUCUGCUGACGUACCUAAAGAAGGUGAACCUAAAUCGAAGCAACAAAAACAAAAAAGAGUUUUGGUUAAAUGGACGGACGAACAAAAACAGGUUGUUCUUGAAUUUUUUAAUGGUCAUAUUAAGAAAAAAAGACCACCCAAAAGGAUAGAAGUGGAACAACUAAAAGAAAAACAUCCACAGCUACUUAGCAAUAAGGAUUGGCUGAAAAUUAAAGUUUUUAUACAAAACACUUACUCCCAAAAAGCUGUUAAAUAA